GUCGUACCUUGCUUCCCAGGUGAGCCACAGCUAGCCGGUGCGCGCACCCACCACCACCGCCGGUCCACCGCCGCGUCCGCGUGCCCCUCCAGAUCCCCCACCGCCGGCGGCCACCAUGCGGAGCGAGGCGGCGGCGGCGGCGGCCACGGUGACGCGCGUGGCGCAGCGGGUGGUGGCCCCGUCGGCGCCCACGCCCCGCGGCGAGCUGCCGCUCUCCUGGCUCGACCGCUACCCGACGCAGCGCGCGCUCAUCGAGUCCCUCCACGUCUUCAAGGGCCGCGCCGGCAACGACGGCGACGCCGAGGUGCCCGCCCGGGUCAUCGAGCGCGCGCUGGCCACCGCGCUCGUGAGCUACUACCCCAUGGCCGGCCGGCUCGCGGUCUCCGGCGAGGGGAACCUGGUGGUGGACUGCACGGGCGAGGGCGUCUGGUUCGUCGAGGCCACGGCGAGCUGCACCCUCGAGGACGUGGACUACCUCGAGUACCCGCUCAUGGUGCCCAAGGACGAGCUCCUGCCGCACCCCACCUACCCGGCCUCCGACCCCCUCCCCGAGGACUCGCUCAUCCUCCUUGUCCAGGUGACGCAGUUCGCGUGCGGCGGCUUCGUGGUGGGGUUCCGGUUCAGCCACGCCGUCGCCGACGGCCCCGGCGCGGCGCAGUUCAUGGCGGCCGUGGGCGACGUCGCGCGCGGGCACGCGGCGCCGCUGGUGGCCCCCGCGUGGGCGCGCGAGGCGAUCCCGAGCCCCCCCGCCGGCGCGGCGGUCGGCCCGCUCCCGGUCCCGACGGAGCUCCGCCUCCAGUACCUGGCCAUGGACAUCUCGGCGGAGUACAUCGAGCACCUCAAGGCCCGGUUCCUGGAGCGGACGGGCCAGCGGUGCAGCGCGUUCGAGGUGGUCAUCGCCAAGGCGUGGCAGUCCCGCACCCGCGCGGCCGGCUUCGCGGCGGGCUCACCCGUGCACGUCUGCUUUGCCAUGAACGCGCGGCCGGCGCUGGCGGCGCUGCGCGGGCGGGCGCUCCCGGGCGGGUUCUACGGCAACUGCUACUACAUCAUGCGCGUGACGGCGGACGCCGGGGCGGUGGCGGGCGCGGCGGUGCACGACGUGGUGCGGCUGAUCCGCGAGGGCAAAAGGCGGCUGCCGGGCGAGCUGGCGCGGUGGAUCGCCGGCGGCGGCGGCGGCGGGGAGGAGGGGGGCGACCCGUACCGGAUCACGUCGGACUACCGGACGCUGCUGGUGUCGGACUGGUCGCGGCUGGGGUUCGCGGAGGUGGACUACGGGUGGGGCAGCCCCGCGCACGUGGUCCCGCUCACCAACCUCGACUACAUCGCGACGUGCAUCCUGGUCCGGCCGCCGGCGCGCAAGCCCGGCGCGCGGCUCAUCACGCAGUGCGUCGCCGCCGCCGCCGUCGACGACUUCCACAAGGACAUGAUGCGCCUCGACUGAUCCCUAUGCUCCCCCCUGGCCCUACGCUACGACCUGUUAUUAGUAAUCCCAAGCUGCAUAAAUUCAAUUAAUUCGUUCGUUGGUGAGUGGGAACUCUUUAUUAUGUAUACAAAUAUCUUAUGUCCUAAAAAAAGAUCAAGCAGCGUGUGUGUGCGUGUGCCUGUAUCACGAAGCAUUUGUUUAUUCUUCCUUCUUCUACAGACGGAUGAAAACUCUACCAGAAAGAGUAGGUGGGGAGCCACUGUCUGCUGUCCCCUCUCGCUUAAGCAAAGGAGCAAAAGAAGCUGCGCCUCUACCGGAAAGUCAAGCGAAGCAUCCAUGGGCCACGCUAAUUUACGGUUGUCAACCGUCGCUACAGUCGAUUUUUCGACAGCUAUUUUUUUCUGUUUUUAAAAACAUUUUUAUCGUUUUCUGAGAAAAUAAAUUCAGACAUUUUUUA